AUGGAUCCGGAACAGGCUGUGGUGGAGAAUGGAAAGAAGCUGAACGGUGUCGCCGUGGUGGUAAAUGGCACCACUUCCGGUAGUGACGGAAGUGGACCCGGCUCACCGAAUGGUGGUGAAGCGGUUGUGCGCGAGGGCACCGCCGGAGCGGUUGCGGGCGCCGGAGAACUGAUGCGGAAACCUUCCGGUCCGCUGGAUGACAAGCUGAAGAAGCGCAUCCGCAAGCUGUCCCGCUCGAACAGCAAGGACGGUGUGCUGGGAGUCGCCGGUACGCCGAAUUUCGUGUCCCCGCACCGGAAGUGGAAGAACAGCCGCCGCUCGCGGAACGGCUACGGACGCGGGCUGCCCAAGAAGGGCGGUGCCGGUGGGAAGGGCGUGUGGGGUAAGCCCGGCUCGGAGGUGUACGAUGAGCUGGAUGAGGACCCGAACGAUCCCAACUUCGAUAUCGACGCGUACAACAGCACGCACAACGUCGAGCUGAAGGAAAUUGUACCGCAGCUGACCGAACCGGAAGUGGUGAAGAAGCUGGAGGCCAUCAUUCUCGAGUACUUCGAGCACGGUGACACGCACGAGGUGGCAGACGCCCUCGAUGAUCUGCUGCCAUCCGGCAUGAAGCCGCUCGUCACGAAAACCGUCGUGGCCGUUGCGUUUGAUCACAAACAAUCCCAGCGGGAGCUCACUUCCGUUCUCAUCUCGGAUCUGUACGGGCGCAUCGUCACCCGGGAUGACAUUUGUGCCGGGUUCGAUCUGUUGCUGGCAAACCUGCCCGACAUCAUGCUGGACACACCGGAAGCGCCCCAUCUCCUCGGUAACUUCAUCGCACGUGCCGUCGCGGACGAUUGCAUCCCACCGAAGUACGCCUACCAAUCGGACCGGGAGGAUCUGGACCAGCACGGUCAGGCGGCGUUGGUGCGUGCCACGACGCUACUCUCGAUGCACGACGGUUGGGGACAGCUCGACAACGUGUGGGGUGUGGGUGGGGCGCUACGUCCGGUGCAGACCAUCACCCAGCAGAUGUCAUAUCUUCUGCAGGAGUACCUGCUUUCACGCGAUCUCAGCGAGGCCCAGCGCUCCAUUAAGGAGCUCGAGGUACCGCACUUCCAUCACGAACUGAUUUAUGAGGCAAUCAUUAUGACACUGGAGGCGUUCAACGAGUCCACCGAGGUGGCCAUUUGCGAGCUGUUCCGUACGCUCGACAGUACCUGCAUCGUGACGCCGGAACAGAUGGAGCAGGGCUUCCGGCGCGUUUACGAGGACAUGACGGACAUCGUCCUCGACAUCCCGCUUGCGUACUCGAUCCUCGAUCGCUUCAUACAGCGCUGCCAGCGCAACGGUUCCUUCCUCGGGGAAGCGCUCAUUAAGGAUAUUCCCACGCGUGGACGCAAGCGUUUCGUUUCCGAGGGCGACGGUGGCCUGAUCAAGCAGGUCAAUUUCCGCCGUGACAUGUAAAAACGUUCGCUCGCCAUUCAUCACCUAACCUGGCGCAGAAGGACACACGGCCGCUACGAACAUCAGCUCCGGCCGUGCAUUAACAUUUAUGGUUUUUUUUUGUUUGGGAGCAGCCGCGGAAGUCGAUCCCGGAAGCGCGCGAAUAUGUCAGUUUUUUUUCUCUCUCUCCUUUAAUUCUUCAUAAUUUUUAAAAUCGCCGCCGUGCUCUCCCCCACCGCUUUUAUCGAUAAUGAAGAGAUUUAAUUAGCUGCGUGCGAGCAAUUGCUGUGGCCAAUGUGCCAAGGGACUGACCACCGGUUUAGGGACGGGGCGAGGUCCUGAUACUAUCCCUCUUUUUUAGUUUGUCACUUCAAGCGCGUUUUGUGUGAAGCUGGGUAGCUCUGAAAACCACGACAGCGGGUGUUCUCAAGGCAUGUAAGGGUUCCAGACAAAUUCUUAGUGGUGCUGUGGAAGCUGCGAGGACGAAAACGAGAUAAAAAGGCAGAUAGUUUGGCUUAGAUUACCCUCGGCUGGUUUGGAAGGACGAAGGAUAGGACAGUGGACAGCGAGGACGAAAAAUUGAGAGGGUGUGGGAGAAUGGACGAGUUCCCAUGUUGCGUGUCUGCGUUACACGUUUUGCCAUUUACCCGUUCAUCCUUCCCCAUCGCGCUCUGCUAAAUUUUAGUGUGCAGCAGCAAUCACACAUACACACACACAUACAGACAUACAGCAGCACCAGCUUCUUCUCUCACGGUGCAUUUCGAAGUCACCUGAGUACAUUGCGGCGCAUAAGAAACAUAAAAUAUAUACAUAUAAAUAUGCAACAUUUACUGGACGGGAACGGGCGACUUUUGUGGGUUAUCUUCCGCAUGCCACUCUCACCCACCCAUCUAUCCCCCCAUCCUUCACCGCGUUUAAUGCGAGUUAUGUAAGAGACAAAGGAACACCUUCCUUUAGCCCAGAGGGGGGGAGACGCGCGAGCGAUAGAACGAAAAAGAGGGCAGAAUUUGUAUUUGCAUUUCAUUUCUUAAACGAACUGUAGCGUUUUCAGCGAAGAGCAAAAAGGUGUACGAGAGACACACACACACGCGCGCGCGCACGGUCAUUUAGUUAUUAACAAGUCGUUUUUUUUCUGUUUUAUAUUAAGUCAUUUGUUCCUUUCCUGCUUGCGCGUGAAUUAACCGACGCAAGACACGUGCCGCCAAGAUUGCUAAGCUUCUUUUUUUGGUCGCCAGUUGUAAGCGAGGACGAUGGGGGGAGUAGAAAAAGGAUUCACACAACCCUUGGGUGUUUGGAAAGAUAGUGCAUUUAACGGAUUUAGAUGUAGUGGAAAAGGGCCCCCCCCCCACAUACACUCUCAGGCAUAUAAACUUGCGCAGUUAUAUUGAACCGGCGGUCCGUGAACAUUUUUUGCAACAAUUCUCUAACUCUAGACCCACAAUGCAACAAGCGGUUUGUGGAGGUAGUUCUUUUCGCUCUUGUCAGAUAAAUAGUAACGCAAGAUUACCGGACUUCCGCGACCUGCCAUAAAGCAUCUGACCUCAUAGUAGUCCAAUCCAGAACCUCUGUCAUUUGCCUGUCCCGCGAACAUCUCACUUUUUCGUACAUCAUUCGAGCAUCGCACUCAUUUUCGCGUCAGCUUCCACUGCAGGCAGAUGAGGUUCCUCUUAAACGGCAUUUAGCUGUCCCGUACUUCGGACUAAAGCUCCUCUUCACCCACCUGUUGGAGUGUGUGCUGAUCAGGUGACUUACCCACACAUAGAACAGCCGGAGCAUCACGUUAAAGAAAAGGCACAGCGGGGUUUGCAGACCUUUUUCUCUUUAUAAAAUCGCACUCUUAAACAGCUACGUUAACAACUGUGUUUUCGCCGUACAUCUAGCGUAAGAGUAUAUCCUAACAUAUAUCCUAACCGCCCACCCCCAUUUCAUGUUCCGCUCCUGGCUCAACCCCUGACCUCAUUUACACGAAGCAGGACGUGCGCUUAACUAGGCGGGCAGGAAGCAUUAAGCAAAAGAAAAAUAAUUAAAAAAAAAAAACAAAAGAGCACGAUUUAACCGUUGAAGGGGGGAAA